CAUUCCGAGCGGUCCACGGCAGCGCGCGCUCGGCUAGGGAAUGCAGACGCGCGGUUACAAUGUUACGCGUGGGACAGCCAGUCUGUUUGGAAACUUUACUGCACACGGCGGAGGCGCGGAGACAUUUGUGGACUUGCGUUGUUAGGAGAUUCAACAUGGCCGCCGCUGUGUUCUUACAUCUUCGCAGCAGCUGGGCUUGAACGCAGCUGUGUUCUUCUACGAGUGCCUCUAAAGUGCAUGAUGUAAAUGCAUUUCUGCAUCUAGCGAGAGAUGUACGACUGAAACAUGACCCUCGUUGCAGCUUUCUGGACCUCUGGUCAGGCAUCUGAUUAAGUCAAGCCCCUCCAAGAGACCAUCAGAGGGGGGAAACAAGGAGCCGAGGUGGCUUGUGGUUGGUGGAUAACCAGGAGGAGGAGGAGGGUUAGGAAACCAUCUUUAUCCAUUGGAAUAUACCCUUUCUGGAAUACCACUGCGUAUUUGGAAUAUUGCCGAAUUUUCAGUCAUUUUUGGAAUAUAUUGGGAAUUUGGUUUCGCAGUCAUGAAGGUGAACCCGAGCUCUUGUUUGUGUCCUGUACUUUUGUGCCUGUGUUUUCUGGAGAGGGGUUAUGAGGCGAGUCAUUACGGCCAGACCAAAGUCAUCUCCAGGAACCAGACCAAAGUCAUCUCCAGGAACCACAAUACAACUCACAACCAGACCAAGGACGGCGAAACGGAGGUGCACCAUCGACCCAAAAGGGGAUGGAUAUGGAACCAGUUCUUUGUCCUAGAGGAACACAUUGGAUCAGAUGCACAAUAUGUGGGGAAGCUUCAUUCUAAUUCAGACAAAGGCGACGGCUCCGUCAGAUACAUCCUAAGCGGGGAAGGGGCGGGGACUAUCUUCAUCAUCAACGAGGUAACGGGAGACAUCCACGCCACCAAGAGUCUGGACCGGGAGAAGAAAUCCCAUUACGUUCUCCACGCCCAGGCCAUCAACCGCAAUACCAACAAACCCUUGGAGCCCGAGUCGGAGUUCAUUAUAAAAGUUCAGGAUAUUAAUGACAAUGCCCCCAAGUUCCCAGAAGGACCCUUCGUCACAUCUGUGCCUGAGAUGUCGGAAAUUGGUACGUCGGUUUUUCAGGUCACAGCGACAGAUGCAGACGACCCCACGUAUGGAAACAGCGCGCGGGUGGUCUACAGCGUUCUGUACGGACAGCCGUACUUUUCCGUCGACCCCAAAACCGGCAUCAUCCGGACAGCCCUUGCAGAAAUGGAUCGCGAGGCGAGAGAACAUUACUCAGUAGUGAUUCAGGCAAAGGACAUGGCAGGGCAGGUGGGGGGACUGUCGGGCUCCACCACCGUCAACAUCACACUCACCGACAUCAACGACAACCCACCCAAGUUCCCUCAGAAGAAUUACCAGGUGUUUGUCCCCGAGUCGUCGCAGGUGGGGAAGCCGGUGGGAAAGAUCAAAGCCACGGAUGAGGACAUCGGAAUCAAUGCAGAGAUUAAAUACAGCAUCUUGAACCCUGAGGGCGCUGCAAUGUUCUCCAUUUCCACAGACAAAGACACAAGAGAAGGAAUGAUCACACUGAGAAAGCCUCUUAACUAUGAAAAGAAAAAGCAGUACAGUCUUCACAUCUCUGCUGAAAACACACACCUGGACCCUCGCCUCUCCUAUCUGGGUUCGUUUAAAGACGACGCCACGCUCAAGAUCACAGUCGGAGACGUGGACGAGCCCCCGGUUUUCUCAAUGGAUUAUUACAUUAUGGAGGUCUACGAGAACACCAAGGUCGGAUCUGAAGUGGGAGCCGUCACAGCUCGAGACCCAGACAGCAAAAACAGUCCAGUAAGAUAUUUCAUCGAGCGGAGAGAAGACAAAGACGUGUAUUUUGAUAUCGAAUCCAUCAGCGGUGUCAUUAGAACUACUCAGCUGCUGGACCGGGAGGAGAUGCCGUGGCACAACAUCACCGUCAUGGCAACGGAGGAGGACAAUCCCAGCCUUCAGAGUCACGUGCCCAUCACAGUGCAGGUUCUGGAUGUGAACGACAAUCCUCCGAAGAUCAACAGCGAUGAGGAGAUCAUCAUCUGCGAGAGCACCAGAGCAGGACAGGUCAUUCAGACGAUCACUGCGGUUGAUAAAGAUGAUUUUGCCAAUGGAAAAGGAUUUUCUUUCUCUUUUCCUGGAGGAAUUCCUGCCAACCCCAACUUCACAAUUAAAGACAAUGAAGACAGCACUGCCAGCAUCAUCGCCAGACGCCGGCGGUUCCACCGGCUGACCCAGGAGCUGUAUGAGGUUCCCGUGGUGGUGUGGGAUGAUGGAGAACCCGUCUUGAGCAGCACGGGCACUCUCACGCUCACGGUCUGCUCCUGCCAGAGAGGAACCAGACUGAAGAUCUGCCAGGGCGAGGCGUUCCUCUCAUCCGCAGGCCUCAGCACGGGCGCUUUGAUAGCCAUCCUGCUCUGUGUUCUCAUUCUACUCGGUCGGUUGAUUUCAGUCUUUGCUCAGUAAGAAUGUAGCACAUCAGAAAUAUUAUCCUUGAGAUUUUUGUACUGUUGUUGGAAAUAGACUGUGAAACAUUCACAAUACAGAACAUUUUAGAAAGGGUUUUUUCUUAUUCAACAGAAUAUUCAACAAUAAAUGAUAUAAGGCAGAGUUCAUCUGUGUGGAUUUGACUGGAUUGUAAAUGUUAUGCUCAAAUACAGACACGAACAUCUUUAACAAUAUUUAAAUGGAUAGCAUAGUUAUUGUAGUUUUGAUUUUAGUUGUAUUAAUAUUUUAAAA